GCAGCGCUUGAGUUGCACCGGGUAGAUGAGCAAACAGUUGUAGGCGCACUCUUUAAAACUUUGAUAAAUGUCAAGAAAAUUUAGCGGAUGACAGUGAUUGGUCUUAAGGGACUUUUAAAUUAGUUAACAUUUAAGUUCAGCGUUUCAUGAAGCGGAUGACAAGAGUUUUGGCGUCUUUUAAACCGUGCGUAAUUGUCUUUUCUCUCUCAGCUCCAUCCGUAAAAGUUUGCGUUUCUCUGACAAGACAUUGCAUGUGGAGGAAGGACAUCUAACACCGGCAUAAGAUGACAGCGAUCAGAAUGGUUUCAUCAGUGCUGGUGCUGGUGCUGAUGCAGUCCGGAGCGCUUUGCGCACGAAGGUUCCGGGGUGGCCGCAACCCACAACCACGCCGCUCACCACCCCCUCCCACAUACCGGGCGGACCGGGGUGACACCACGGAGAGCUUCCCUCUGGAUUUCACCGCCGUGGAGGAGAACAUGGAUAACUUCAUGACACAAGUGAAGAACCUUGCGCAGUCCCUCUACCCGUGCUCGGCGCAGAAGCUCGACUACGACAUGAAGCUGAACUUUUUGGAGAAUACAUCAGUCACCUGCAACGAUGGGAGUCCUGCGGGGUACUACCUGAAAGAAUCUCGGGGCAGCCGACGGUGGCUGAUAUUCUUAGAAGGCGGCUGGUACUGCUUCAACAAGGAGAACUGCGACAGCAGAUAUGAGACCAUGAGAAGACUGAUGAGUUCAUCAAAGUGGCCCCAAACUAAAACAGGGACGGGGAUCCUGUCUCCGCUGCCUGAGGAAAACCCUCACUGGUGGAAUGCCAACAUGGUGUUCGUCCCAUACUGCUCCAGCGAUGUGUGGAGCGGCGCUACAGCCAAAACAGAGCAGAGUGGCUAUGCCUUCAUGGGCUCACUGAUUAUUCAGGAGGUUGUGAAGGAUCUGCUAGGCAAAGGUCUGGACAAUGCAAAAGUCCUCCUAUUAGCAGGGAGCAGUGCGGGUGGUACCGGGGUCCUUCUGAAUGUGGACAAUGUGGCGGAGCUGCUGGAAGGACUGGGGCACACUGGGAUACAAGUGCGAGGCCUGUCUGAUUCUGGCUGGUUCCUGGACAACAAGCAGUACCACUGCACGGACUGCGUGGACGCUGUCAGCUGUGCGCCCACUGAGACCAUCAAGAGAGGAAUCAAGUACUGGGGAGGAGUGGUACCAGAGAAGUGCAAGCAAACACAUGAAGGAGAGGAGUGGAACUGUUUCUUUGGAUAUAGGGUCUUCCCAUCGAUAAAAAGUCCUGUGUUUGUUGUCCAGUGGUUAUUUGAUGAGGCCCAGUUGACGGUGGACAACAUCCAGUUAACAGGCCAGCCUGUGCAGGAAGGCCAGUGGCGUUACAUCCAAAACCUGGGCAUUGAGCUGAGGAACACACUCAAAGAUGUCCCGGCUAUGUUUGCUCCAGCAUGUCUAUCACAUGAGGUUAUCACCAGAAAUUACUGGAUUGACGUGCAGGUCAAAGGCACCUCCUUGCCCCGAGCGCUGCACUGCUGGGACCGCAGCCUCAACGACAACAGAAACAACAAGGCUCCGCCCAAAGGCUGCCCCGUGCAUUUGAUUGACAGCUGCCCGUGGCCACACUGCAACCCCACCUGCCCCACCAUCCGAGACCAGUUCACGGGACAAGAGAUGAACGUCAUUCAGUUCCUCAUGCACAUGGGCUUUGACGUGCAGAAGAUGGCCCAGCAGCAGGGCAUGGACCCCAGCAAGCUACUGGGCAUGCUCAGCAGCGGCAGCUAAAGGGACACGUGUACACACAGUAUCAGCAAGCUAAGCCGAAGCAGGGCUGUCUGGUCUCUCUGGCCGGUCUCCCAUGCCUGAUACCUCCAACUCCACCUUUACAACCCAUUCUACCUUAAGUCCAUUCCCCUCCGACCUCCUGUUUACUUUAGAUUGAGCCUCAUUUAAACAAAGGGGCUUAGAUUUCACCCACAAUCCCUUUUUUCACAACUGGUGACAAGAACAAGGGGGCAACACGCCACCAUGACAAGGCGCAACUCUCUGCUACUCUUCAUUUAAAUUAUCUUUUGCUUUGUAAAAGAAAAAAAUAUCUCGAAUGUAAUCCAGUUUUAAGGAUGCUCAUUGAUGUUUUUUUAAUAUUAUUUUCAUCCUUCCAUAUAUAUUAUAUUCGGUCAUUGUUAAAAAAGAAAACACCACAAUGACGUAAGGAUGCUGUCUUUGUUAAGUAGUCAUUAUAGAGUAUAUAAGGAUAAUUUUGUUUAAACAGUUCUAUAGUUUCUUGUCACAAAAAAAAAUAACUGCAUCAAGGCAGAAACAGGGACAUAAAAUAAGGCGAGAAAGGCACUGGAUCAGAAAGGACAUUUUGUAAUUAUCUCAAUGGCAAGAACAAUAGAGAGACAACUGACACUGAUACUCCUCUCAUCAGCUCUUGGUAUAAAAUACCUGACAGGGUUGAAAUCUAAGUGGCAUGUUUUCAGUUUGGACAACUGUAAAGUUACCACGAUGACUGGUUUAAUCGUUUGCUGGAGCUGAUUGUGGUGCUAAAGCAGGCCAAGAAACACGGUGGUCUAUCAGUAGCUAUACAUACACCACAGUGCCAUUACAUCUAGUCUAUACCUCUUUCUCACAGGCCGCGUCAUAGAGGACUGUUCAAACCCGAAACACCGGGUACACGUUCAUAUUAGGUCAGUAGUUCAGCAAUCCUUGGAUCAAUGCAAUGAACAUUUAAAGGGAGACAAAUAUCGUGUAUUGUAUAUUUUUUUGAGUAUUUGUAUAGGUUCUUUCAAGUGUUCACUAUUGUAACUCCCUUCUUAUAUUUCAUAAUAGAGAUCACUUUUUAAUAUAAUGACAAUGUUGUAUGUAAUGAUGUCUUUAAAUGAUGUUUUUUAAAGGACCUCUAUUUCACAUCACACCAGAGAAGGAAAGGUAUUACUAAUUGUAAUUUUAUUCUGUAACAUAUUUUUUAACAGA